ACUACAAUCUCCGUAAAGCUACAAAAGUGAAACCUUAUUGCUGUUUUUGUUGUUCUUCGGUGGAGUGAAUUUGUAGCUUGUAACUAGUGCGAAUUUACGGUAAUACGCGGGUUAUCGAAACGUUUUUAGUGAGUGGGUUUGUGUCGUGAUCUGGCGGUGAUGUCUCCAAAAGUUGAAGUUGAACGUAGUACCUGAUUUCGUUUAAUUUUGAAAUAAUCGUCAGUUUUUAAGCCUUGAGGCUUGCCAAAGUGCAGAGGUGGAAAUUCACCUCCACUUCGCCACUUGUUCUAACUUUAUACGGCAGUCUUUCCGGUCAAUAACCCUCAUUUCGCACACACACAUUCAACAUACAAGACACUAUUCAAUUCCGAUUGUUUUUUGACCUUCGUAACACUACCCGGCGCCCACUAUCUUCAUCGCCACUCUUUACGUAAUCAAUAAACUGCGGGCGAAAGUAUGUCAAUUUUGGCAGGAUGAAAGACAAAGGAGAUAAAAAAAACAAUUGAGCGAAGCAUGGCAGCGAUUGCAGCAUUUCUAAACAGCGACGAAGCCGGGAGGCUGAAAGCUGAAUUGCAGGCACUUCGUAGAAGAGGCGCUUUAAGGCCGGGAGAUUGGAGCAGUCCGACACCGGAUCCUGACAGGACUUGCGGUAGAUGCAGGGUUGAAUUGGGAAGAGUCAUCAAUAGGGGUGCCUAUUGCCAAUCUUGUAGGCUGAAAGUGUGCAAAGGAUGUAGAGCUUACGCAUUUAGGACAUCAGACUGGGUGUGCACUGUCUGUCAUAAGCGAAUGGAAAUUCAAGCAGUGUCUGGCGAGUGGAUGAACGAAUUCGUAAGGCGGCCUAGUCGAAGGCGUGAUAAUCGUGUCUAUGUCCCAGCUGCAGAUAUAAUUAAAAGAACAAUUCGUCGUUCAUGGACAAUUUCUAGUCCGUCGCCACGAUGGAACUCGCCACGUGGUUCACAGUCAUUACGUCCAUACAACAGUCUACCAAGAGGACAAGAUAUAAUUAAAUACCCCUCACUUUUAUCUUAUCACCAUGAGUAUAAAAGCACAUCACCCAAAAUGCAAAGACAUACUCCAGCCCAACGUUCCCAUUCUGAAGACGUUUACGCCGAACGUGAGGUACCAUGCCGUAAAGAGAUAGUGGAAUUUGAAGAUGACGAGGAGACUCGAUAUAGUUCUACAAUUGAAAUCAUAACACGACCGAGAGUUAAUCCUCUAUUAAAAGCGGCGGCUGAAGGAAAACUGACCGCCGCCGUACCUUUUGAAAUGAAAACGUGCACACCACCUCCAGAUCACGUUUUAAAUCAGCCUAAACAGGAAGAGAAAGAAGUGGGGGAAUUGCCUGAGAAACAAGUAGAUGAAAAACGUGUCAGUUUUGAAGAAGUCACAGUGCCAAAAAAGUUUGAAUAUAAUCUAUUUUCCAAAGCAAGAUCGAAAGGAAAAGAUAAAAGUAUUCUGAAACCGCAAUCUUUAGAUGAAAGCAGUGGCAAGAAAAGUAAAUUAUGUUCAAGACGAUCACUUCCUGAAGAAAUUGAAAAGGCAGAAGUAUCUGUAAAUGAAAUGGAGGUUGUCGAGAAUAUAAAAGAAGAGGAAAUUGUCAACGAACAAUGCGAUAUUGAACCCUUUAGCGGAACGGUCUUUCGUAAAGUAACAGUACAAAGGAGACGCCAAGAUAUGAGGAAAGUUCCAGCUAUUGAUAAUGAUAAAUCGGAUGAAAUAGGCUCAAAGAUAGAGGAACAAAUAGAAAGGAACUACGAAGCGGAAAAUGAAAAUCCGAUUUCAUCAAAUGAAUCGGGUGAGCAAGUAACUGAUGAGCAUGGUGCCAUAACAAUUGAGACAGAGCCUGCAAAACUUUCAAAUAAUACUGACGAUCUAAAGACAGACAAAGAAAGCGAAGCAGAAACGAAAACUGAAGCACCAAACAAUGGUCAAAGCCGGCGUCGCGGUCCCGAAUCUGAAAUUCUCGAUAUUUUGUUACCAGAAGGUGACGAUUACAAGUUGGUGUUUAUUAGUUCGGACAGUUCAAGCAAAGAAGAGGAUGUAGAUGACAAUGAUAGUUCGUCGACUGCUUCUAGUUUUCUUAUCGACGAUUGUGAUUGGGAUUAUUUCGAACCGAGCGCGGGUACCCGACCUUUCUUAAGUUGGAACUCUCCGUUUGGGUCACCGCGUGGAUAUCGUCGGGGAGGUUUGGAGUCUCCUUUGGGAUCCCCACUAGUGUAUCGUAGAGCUAAAGAAUCGGAUACUGGCACUGAUGAAGACACGAGGCUUGAUAGUGAUUCACCAUCCUCAUCUGAUCGAUCUAGGGACGUAGAGGAGCAGGUCGAUUUCGCGCGUUGCGAACCCACUAUGGAUGACAUUGCUGUGGCGUGCGUGCAUCCCUCUGAAAAUGCGGAACCGUGGCCCCGUCUCUGUCAGAGUUGUGGGUCACCGACGCAGUACAUCCCCAUUCCCGUGCCUAUUCCGAUUCCAGUACCGAUACCGGCAUUGUGGUGUCCACCUUUCGUACGUUUCGGCUUGGACAUCUUCGAACAGCACACCCGACCGCGGCUGCGUGUAUUUCCCCGAUCCAUUUGGCCUUAUGUAAACCAAGCGGCUGUUAUCUGGCCGUUGAUAAGCGCAGGUGAGGCGAGUGCAAUAUUUUCGUCAUCACAAAACAGUCGCGCGGACGAGUGCGUUGCGGAAGCAAGUGCAGGUGGUAGUAUGUUAUUGCCCCUCAAGCGUAACGAAGCGUCAGCUGCUUUCGAUUUGGUUACUAAUCCAGCGUCCGCCGAGGAAAACUUUGAUAGCGUUGAACCCAAAAUUGACGCGAGCGCCAAUGAAAAAAUCGAAUUUGAAUUUGUAAAUCAGUUUGGCGAAGAAUUGUACGGUCAUUUAACGUCCGAAAAUGUUAAUGUGGAUACGGAUUCAUCGGAGCAUAGCACUGAUGAAGAUAGCGGGGAUGGUACGAAACCAAGGGUGCGUAGAACGUAUAAUGUGAGCGGUGGAAAUUUGCGAGAAAGCGAUGACGCUUUGCCUAGUAGUGAAGUGAGUACGGAUUCAGAAGUGGAAGAUCAAAGUUCUGUUAGGGAGGAUGAUAUGUCUUCGACUGGAUCAGCCGAUACCGAUAGUAACGAUACCGGGACUGUUGCGGAUCAGAAACCCAAACGUUUCUCGCGAGUUUUGGUGGUUAACAAAAGUGUUUCCUCGUCUUCGUCGUGCGCGGAAUCGAUUAUAAACGAAAGUUUAGACAGUGAGAGUGAUUCUUCCGACAAUGAUACGGAUACGGAGAAGGAUUGCGGGGUUGUUUUGACGAACAUUAAGUUAUUGUCCGAUUGUGAUGUUUCGGACUGUCUUCUAAAUGAUAUCUGUGAUAAUAUUGACAGCGUAGCCGAACCGAAACCACUCGCUUCAAUUUCUGCUAGUGAAAUUCAUAUUAUUAAUGGAAUUGUGAAUGAAUGUUUAUCGACGAGCCCGGGAUUGUCUGACGUGAGCGCCGAAUCGCAUCAUUCAAGUGAUAACGAAGACGUAGCUACCGGUGCUAAUGGAGAGCGAAAGGAAAAGGAAAUGCAAGCGGUGCAUAAUGAUAAUAAUUAUUCAGCGGUAACCGAAGAACAACAAGCCAUAAGCACGAGCGCGAGCGCUAAUAUCCGGUCUGACGAAUUUCAAACUGGAGUGGGAAAUGGGGAAAGCAAUAGAGGUGAGCGGACAGGUGUGCCACUGCCAGUCGCGAGUGAACUCGAUGAUGCUACGCAACGGCAUGCGGCCCGCUACACGAGUCUUGUCAUGAUUACGCAGGAACCUACCGUAACGUACCCUCAAGUGAGUGUUGUGACCAGUGAUACAACUACCCUCAUACCUGACAACGAUAUUGUCGUGCGGCACACAAAUUGGCAGCUUAAAAACGAUAUUCGAGAUAACGAGUAUGAAGGAUAUCUUACUCUAACGUUAGAAAAUACUUCGACGAACGCUACCGCGGCGCAACAGCAAAAAAGUCCGACCCAAUCUGAAGAUAAUUGUGACGUUACGGUUGUUGCGAGUUCAGAUGCACCGGUGCACAUAAGUAAUCAUGACCAUACCGAAAGCGUGACUGUGAUAACGGGUGCAGAUACUUUAUCCGCGCUAGUCUGUCUCGAAGACGGUUUGGCAGAUGAUGACUCGUGGGUGGAAAAUUUAAGCGUAGACGAAGAGGAUUUAGUGGGUAGUACUCAAACGGAGGAAUCUUCUUCGUCGGGGGAUGAAGUGACGCUCACGUGCACGGCCGCGAUCGACCAAGAUGACGAUCUAGGUUAUCAACGAUCGGCGAUAGACUUUACUUUACACACUAUAGUUGAGGAGAGCUGCGAAGAAAGCGAAGUCGAACAGCAAAACACCAUCAAAAAGAGACGCCCGGCAUCGGCCACUGAUUUGGAGAAAUAUUUCUUCUUCGGGCUCGGAGAUGGAAACAUUUCGUCGAUCAACUCGGCGCGCGAAGAUGCCAUGUCCGAAACAAGCAGUAUAUGUAGCGAGGGUAUGGAUUCUCUGGGGGUGCCAGAAGAAAUCGCGUCUAGCGAUAGUAUGGAUCCUGCCGAGCUCGCAUCGUCCAGGUUAGAAAAGUACUUCCUAACUGGAUUUAUGGGAUUUACGGCCGAACGAAGAGAUUCCGAUGGAAGCGUAGGAAGCGACAGUGAGGGAAGACCGAGUCCAGAACAGCGACGAAAACGACUGGUUCGUGCUAGGGGUACCGGAAGAUCACACUCAUCGUCACUGGAUAAUCUCUUGGCACACAGCGAAUUAUCAGGAACGGAUCAAGGUGAACAAGUUAACUCUGAAGAAUUAUCCAGUUCAGACACAGAUACCAACGAAGAUGGUACUAGUUUUGAAAAGUCGGAAGGGCAGUUCGACACAGUCAAACGCAAGAAGAACAAAAAACCUCGUGCUGUCGCCCCCGGCUCAAAUUGUCCAGAAGAAGCCAAAUUAGAAAGCACACACGAAGAGAAUCAUUCAGAAGAGGAUGGCAAUAAGACACCCCAACCUACUCUUUCACUCAUAAUCGAAUCUCGCCAACAGCAAAGUCGCGAUAGCGGCUUUAUUGGCAGCUGCGAUGAUCUAAUCAAAGAACAACGGGAAUCAACCGAACCUGUAGUAACCGCACCUACUGACAACAAACUCGAACGCGUAUCCGAAGAAAAGAAGGUGGAGGAUCGAGUUACGUCAUAUCCACCACCCCCGGCAACGUCCCUAACUCGCAAAGACAGCUUUAACAACUGGAGUUCAGACGAAGAAACAAACCUUAUGAUGUGCAAAAUGCGGCAAUUUUUCAAAACGAUGAUCGCAAACAACGGGCCACAGUCCAAACCGGCAACCCCAACGUUAGGCAAAGACUCGCCAAAACUCCUCCAAAGUCCUCGUUUCAAGAAUCGACAUAAACCGCCCCAACUCCUCUACUUCGAAAGUGAAUUGACGCGAUUAAUGAAAAGUGUUCCCGGCAUACGCGACGAUCAAGUGCGCGAAAUCGUAGAAUACCUCAGCAGCGAAGACACCUGGAGCGAUUCGUACGAUUCCUCCGACUACACAAGCUCCGAUCUCGAAGGUGGAACGUGCAAUAAAUCACUCCUCCGGCAGCAGAUCUCGGACAGCUGCCAGGAGAUCAUCAGCAAAUUUGACACGGGAGGUGUAGAAAGUGCCGACGAAUCAUACGGAUUAAACAAGGAAACGGCGUUCGUCUACCAGAGGUUAGUAGCGUCCUUCGAAAAAAUGACAACCGCCGAAAGUGAAAUACCGCACGCGCCCCACAGCUCGCCGCCUCUCAUCGCAAAGGUAAUGCAUCAUAUCGGAAGUCGUCUCGUAGCCCUAAUGCACGAAGUGUCCAGCGGAGAAAGUCACGCGAGCAACAGCCCGAAAACGCGCCAUUAUCACAGACGAAUACACCCCAAGCUCUCUAACGCAUCCAGUACGACCACCGAGGAGGAUGACUGCAUUACGGAGAAUUUAAUGGAACGCCUCGAAAGUUUAGAAGAUAACGUUCCGAAUUACGCGUACUUGCCUAGGAGUCGCUCGCACGAUCUUCUUCUCAGCGAGUCGAAAACCUUGCACCAGUCUAGUAGUGGCGUUUCCGACAUUGUCGAAGAGCGCGAGACUAGUGAUUACGAACGUUUUAGUUGGAGGGGCAGCUUUGAAUCGGCGCUUAUGGCGACCGACUCGAGGAACAAACUGUCCAUAAUUGGAUCUGAAGGAUCUGCGUCGGCUUCCGCGUUGGCAGUGGCUGCGAAACGACGAUCUGCGGGCGAUCUGAUGUUUAGCAAUAAAAGUUUGAGUAGGGAACAGCUGGAUCGCGUCCGGAGCUGUGGCAGUAUCGGUGGAGGGGGUAACAGCGAAGAUAAGCUGUGGGUGACCAAUACUAAUCGACCGACGAGAAGGUCGAGUGUACCUGAUGCGGCAUCUGGUUCAGGAGGGUCGGCCGACGGCGAAGAUGACGAUGACGACGAAGACGAAGAGUUGGAGAACCGCGCCACUCUACCUCGAAGUCUCCAGACCAGUACGGCCACUACAAAUUCGUUACCUCGUUUACCUACAACAACACCCGCAGCUUCCAUGUAUAAAGCUCACAGCAUGUACCACUUUUUGCAACAAAAUGUGAAAAGUGCGCGUUAUCGUCCGCCCGGUUUUAAUAAAUUUUCGAGUGCACCCAAACGAGCAGUUUCUGCACCUGGAUUACAACCUUCUCAUCAACGCCGUGGACGAAGAUCGCAACAAUCCAGUAUUAUUGUACCUGAUGACGCGGGUUUGUCAGAAGCAAACUCAUCGCCAAUGGUUAUACCCAAAGCGACCCAUAAGAGUGGAACUCCUAGUCCGGUAUCACAAGGUAGUAGAAAAGAUCUGCCUGUUAAGCAAGGAGAAGAAUGGAAUGCGGGUAAUGAGGAGGACAUCGACAGGCUUGUCGCGAUACAUACAAAUAGGAGUAGUUUAUCCAGUUUAGGUUUACGUUCAGAUUCAAUGGCUAGUGUCUACUCGGGCGCAGGUGAAGGCCGAUAUGGUGCAGUGGCAGUUCGUGGUCAAGUAGAAUUUGGAUUACAAUAUAAUUAUAAAGCGGGCGCACUGGAAAUAUUAAUAAAACAAUGUAAAGAUCUAGCCGCAGUCGAUGCGAAACGCAAUCGCUCGGAUCCAUACGUUAAGGUUUAUUUGCUGCCAGAUAAAUCAAAAAGUGGAAAAAGGAAAACCAAAGUUAGGAAACAUACCCUUAAUCCCGUUUUCGAUGAAUGUCUUAAAUUUCAUAUAUCGAUAACUGGCCUAGAAACCCGAACUUUAUGGCUAACUGUCUGGCAUUCGGACAUGUUUGGUCGUAAUGACUUCUUGGGGGAAGUCAGGAUGGCAUUAGAAAAUAAAGUUUUCGAUGAUCCUACUCCAAAGUGGUACAGUUUACAGGAGCGGACUGAACCGUUUGAGGACGUGCUGUCAUUUAAAGGGGACAUUUUAGUGGGUCUAAAAUUUGUUCCACCUGAUAUGUCAGUCGUGAAGAAAGGUAAGAGAUCUCGAGGGACAUUACAUGUCAAGGUUAAAGAAGCAAAGAGUUUAACUGCCGUGAAGAGUAACGGAACUUCGGAUCCUUUCUGCAAAAGUUACCUUUUACCUGAUAAAGGUAGAACUUCGAAGCAGAAAACUGCUGUUAUUAGAAAGACGGUCAAUGCAGUGUGGAAUCAUACAUUUUCAUACGAUGAUGUGACGUUGCAGGAGUUGGCAGAACGCUGUCUAGAGUUAACUGUAUGGGAUCACGAUCGCUUGGGCAGUAAUGAGUUCCUAGGUGGUGUCAGAUUUUCUUUGGGCGAAGGUAAACAUUAUGGUAAAUCUGUUGAUUGGAUGGAUUCCACAGGGAAAGAAGUUUCCUUAUGGAAAAGCAUGUUGGAACGGCCUAACUUUUGGGUCGAAGGUUGUUUACCGUUACGACCAACGCUGGACUACAGAACGUCAUAAUCUGCAUCAUUUUUUAAAUGUUUUUAUAUAAUGUAGGUGUUCAAUGUUGAUUAGGUGAUACUGCCUAGUGAGUAAUAAUUAUUGUUGAAAGAGUAAGUAAUUUUUUACUAUAGCUUAAUGUACGCCUUUUUAGGUAAAAUCUGUUUACUACAUUCUUGCGAUAUAUAUAUAUAUAUAUUAACUCUUUAUUCAUGUAUAAAAAUUUAACUUUUUCACCCUAAAAGUUAUUAUUCCUAUUAGAUUUUAUACAUAUUCAUAAGUAAAACGUGAGUGAGUUUGCGUUCUUCCAAAUAAUAUAAAUGUUACGACUGUUAUUAUUGUACAUUUUGUGCCAAAAACUGGACAAAUAACAAAUGCCAAAACAUAUCUAGAAAAAAGCAAUUUUUCUUCAUAUCACCUCUGGAGAAACAAAAGAUGACGUUGUACCAAUCUCCAAAAUAAACCAGUAAACCACCAUGUUACUAGACAAUUGACUGCUGUGAUUUUGCACUUUUUUUAAUUACUCUAAUAAGUAAUCGUAUACCUAUGUGGUGGUUUACGUUGGUGUAGGAGGUGCUUAUAAUUUGAAAAACUAAUGUAAUAAUGUCAUUCUAUAUAAUUACCAUAGAUCUACGGUUUUAAAAAUUCUUAAUUAAAAACAUUUGUAUAAAAAUUC